AUGGCUCCCAAUAACACUUCGUCGACCGACGCGAAAUCCCCGACCAACCGCAACGUGGAACACGUCGUGCUCGGCGAUCUUCUGUUCAAGACGUGGUAUCAAUCAAUUUAUCCCGAAGAACUCGUCAGCAAGGAUACAGACCGGCUCUAUGUGUGUCGCUGGUGUUUCCGGUAUUCGUGCGACGUGGACCUCUAUGCGAAACACACGCGUUCCUGCGAAAACCAAGCGACGCCUCUCGGUACAAAAGUCUACGAUCAUGGCGGAUACUCUGUAUGGGAGGUAGAUGGGGGGGAUCAUAAACUAUUUGCACAAAACCUGUCACUUUUUGCGAAACUUUUCGUCGACCACAAAUCCGUCUUUUUCGACGUCGCGACCUUCCUCUUUUAUAUACUCACGUUUACCGACCCCGAGGACCCUGUCAACUACUAUAUCCUGGGAUACUUUUCGAAAGAGAAGUUGUCAUGGGAUGCGAACAAUCUUGCCUGUAUUCUCAUCUUCCCGCCGUAUCAACACAAGCAGCUGGGAAAGCUGUUGAUGGGCGUAAGCUAUAAGCUAAGCGAUUGGGAACGAGAGGGAGGGUUAAUUGGCGGUCCCGAAAAGCCGCUCAGUGAAAUGGGCCACAAGAGUUAUGUUCGCUUUUGGGAAGAGCGAAUGUCAAGGCACUUGUUGCGGCCAUCGCCGGACAGCAACUCAGACGAGCCUGGGCAGCAGAAGCAAAGAACCCCCAAAGGCUCUCGGAAAAGAGCUCCGUUCACAUGCAUGACGGUACAGGACAUCGGAUUGGCAACGGGAAUGCUCACGGAGGAUGUAAUCACCGCCCUCAAGGGUAUGGAGGUUAUUGAAUCCGAUUCGGGGAACAAAAAACGCAAAUCUUCCGGGGAAACAAGCAAUGGCGACGGCCCAACUGUGACAAUAUGGAAGUCUAAUGUAUUAGAAUGGGCCAAAGACCAUCGCGUUACUCUACAGGAUCCUGUAAGAGAAGAAGGAUUUCUGGGCAAAAUAGCAUCGAAUAAUAUAGACGAAGGCGACGAAGACGAUGAAGGGCAAGAUACUGAGAGUCCUGAGGAGGAUGAAUAA